ACCCUGCCGUGCUGUCGAGCAUCCCAGCGAUCCAAGUAGCAAUCCCACCGCUUGCAGUUUCGUUUAUUUGACAGCACGCUCUCUCUCUAUGUCCUCUCACUUCCAGUGGAAAGCAAAACCAGUUGCAAAGAUCACAGGAAGAAUCAGAAUGGUAGUGCUAAUGUGGGGUGCUGCGCCACCGUCGCGGCCGCCUCUGGGUAAGAAAGGUGGAAGCUUGAGGGGUCUGAUCAGCAGGGCUGUGGUGAGUAAUGCGAAGGGUGCAGGUACAAACAAUGGGUUCCCAUCGUUUCUUCCAAAGGAGGUUGACAAAAUUAAGGACCCGUACGCCAGAACGUUGGCUCGGAGGAUGGAGAGGCUCCCUGUGCCGAUAGGGUCGUCCGAAAGUUGUAUUAUGAGUAGUUGUGUAAGGCCUUUAAAACAAAGUGAGAUCAAUCCGGUGGUUCUCCUCCAUUGCUUUGACAGUUCUUGUUUAGAAUGGAGGUGCGCGUAUCCCCUGCUCGAAGAGGCUGGGUUGGAGGCUUGGGCUGUUGAUGUUCUUGGGUGGGGCUUCUCUGAUUUAGAAAGGCGUCCACCAUGCAGUGCGGCAUCAAAGCGUGAUCACCUCUAUCAGUUUUGGAAGUCAUACAUCAGAAGACCGAUGAUAUUAGUUGGACCAAGCCUCGGUGGUUCUGUUGCAAUUGACUUUGCAUACCACCAUCCAGUAGCUGUCGAAAAGCUGGUUUUAAUCAAUGCAAGCGUCUAUGCAGAAGGCACCGGAGACAUGGCAAAGUUACCGAAAGCUGUAGCCUAUGCUGGGGUUUCCUUAUUGAAGAGCACCCCUCUACGCUUCUACGCAAAUAUGCUGGCCUUUAACAGCAUUUCAUUAGCUACAACUUUUGAUUGGACUAAUGUCGGGCGCUUACACUGUCUGCAGCCUUGGUGGAAAGAUGCAACAGUCAGUUUUAUGACUAGUGGGGGCUAUAACGUUGUUUCCCAAAUAAAACAGGUGAAGCAGAAAGUGCUUGUGAUUUGCAGCGAGCAGGAUAAUAUUAUCAGCUACAAACAAAUACUGAGGUUACGCUGUGAGCUUCCGUUUGCAAUCAUGCGGCUAAUACCAGAUACCGGUCAUCUCCCUCACGUCGAGAAUCCCGCCUCCGUUUCAAAACUAAUUGCAGAGUUUGCUCGGAACGAUCGUUGCUGAGGGGGACUGCGGCAGAACUUCUGGGACUAAUUCCCUGCUAAGAGGCCAAUUGUUCUUCUUGGCAAUACCCAUGUUUUUCUUUAAACGCAUCUUUUUAUAGUUCUAAUUCGUAGUUCCGGAACAGUUAGCAAAGAAAUUAAUGAAUAUUAGAGAAGAGAUACAGUUAUGAUUAAAAUGUUAGAAGAGUAAUGAAAAGAGCUUGAAACUUUGAGAUUUAACGAUAGGGACAAAAU